AUGCAGUUCUCCGCCAUCUUCGCCUCUGCUAUUGCCUUCACUGGCCUAGCCGCUGCUCAGGUUCAGCGUCCCUUCGCCAAGAUCAACGUUGAGUCUUCUCACGGUGGUGCCGGCAACGGUCUCGUGAACAAGACUAUCUCAGUCGGCUUCGAUGUUCCCUUCACGGGCGAAGAGCUUAAGGAGGUUUCGAGCCUCUACCUCAUCGGCGCUUCUCUAGUCGAUAUCAACACUGUCGUUUGCCAGCCUCACAAGAACACAGAUGGCUCCGACACUGCCGCUAAGACCUUCGAUGUCAACAACCCCGGUCGUCUCUCUACCAACACCGUCGUUGUUGGCAGCAUCACCUGCCGCCACUCUUAA